AUGCUAGCUCCCCUUCCUCCGUGAGCGAACAAAAGUAUUGGAAAAUCCCUAUUUUUUGCCCAAAGUCCGCCAUCUGUGCGAGCCAAAAAUUUUGAUAUAUAAGUGAUAAUUAGCGAUGAAAUCUGUUUUAUAUGGAAAAAAAUUGCAUUUUAAAAAUAAAUUUUACCAAUUGUGAUUUUUUAAUUUCGAAAAAAAAAUUAUUAAAAAAAAAUUUACUUGUGAGCGCACAAAAUAGUUUUGUUUACUCACAAAGGGAGGGUGGAGUAAGGCAAACGAAAAGAUUUAGCGUUCUCCGAGCAAGACAGCCAGAAGAAGAAAACGGCUUAUUAGGCUGACUUGAAGGGCUUUUAGGCAACAAAAAGGAACAGAAAGAAGGCGAGCAUGAGAAAGAAGAAAAAGAAGCCAAAAAAGAUAAUGAGUCUGAAGAGGAGAAAAAGAAGUCUGAUGAAGAGGAUAAUAGUGAUGAGGAUGGAGACGGAGGAAUCAUGAUUCCCAUUCCACGAGGGCUAGCAGGCCUAUUUUACUUCAAAACGAUGAAGAAGCCUGAUAGAAUUUUCUUGCCUUUACAGCACCAAUGGCAAGAUCCAAGACUAUGCAGCUUAAGAGGCAUCAAAGCGAGUGGUUUUAAUAAGUUUAAAUUUUAA